AUGAGAGUCUUCUGUUUCUAUCCUGCACAUCGGUUCCAUGUGGUUUCAGGUGGCGUCGGUGUCGCUUCGAUGGGCGGACUUGUCUAUGCGAUUGGUGGACACGAUGGUCAGCGCUAUUUGAACACUGUCGAGGCGUACGACCCAGUGACGAAUGCGUGGACACCAGUGACGGACAUCAAGGACUGUCGGGCAGGUGCCGGAGUGGCAUGGGCGGAUUGCAGCAUCGACGACCUGCUGCGACCAUUCCAACCGGACAGCGGUUAUGCACCGUCUGGGGGUAAUCACUGUAUAUAA